UCACCUAUCGGUCAGAGGGGCUCACAGAGCGCAGAAAGAUUCCCAUCCCUGCCGUGGAGCUGUGAUGCUGUGCUGUUUGUUGUCUUCGCUCGUGACCUCCCCCUCUUCCCUCUUUCUCUUUUCCUUUAUCCUUUUGUUCUUUUCCCCCGUCUCAAGAACGCCGCUAUAAAUCAACCUGCAUGCUCUGAGAAAAGCAAGCUCCUCGAAGCCGAGCGAAAAGAGAAGCGAAGGAUGAGCUGGGAGAGAAGAGGGGGUGAGCGCACGAAGAAGAAGGGACGGGAAGAACAAGCCUCUGCUUGCUACGCUCAUGCCGGCGCUUCCGAGAGGAGGGAAGGGGGGAAAAAGGAGGGGGCGGUGAUGAGGAAGAGGGUGAUGGUGGUGAUAGACCGCACCGCUCGCGCCAAGCAUGCCAUGAUGUGGGCGUUGACUCAUGUGGCGAACAAGGGGGACGUCAUGACCCUCCUCCAUGUCCUCCCUCCCCAUUGCUCCGCCUCUGCUCACAGGGAGGAGGAGACUUCCCAACUCGUCAACUCCCUUGGUUCCAUGUGCAAGGCGAUGCGACCCCAGGUACGAGUGGAAGCAUUGGUUAUCCAAGGACCCAAACUGGCCACCGUUCUGGGCCAAGUCAAGAAGCUUGAUGCCUCUGUUCUGGUGCUGAAGCAGUCCAAACCAUCCUCACUGUGCUGCAUGUUCCAGAGCAGCCAUGAGGACUUGGUGGAGCAGUGCAUCAGCAGAGCCGAGUGCUUGACCAUGGCAGUGAGGAAACAGAGCAGUGGAGUGGGUGGAUACCUUGUGAGCACCAGAUGGCAGAAGAACUUCUGGCUUCUGGCCUAGUCCUGUAGAACACCAAAGCUUGGAUGUCUUUCUUCUUCCUGCUGUGUUGAUGCUCUCCUGUUGUAAAGAAACAUCAAAUCUCAACCCCAUGUAAUACUAAUAUUAUGAAUCAGUCAAUCUCAACCUUGUCUCGUUCA